AUCCGUUUUGAAGUUUCUGUAGCUCGCGGCGCUGUGCUGUGUGUUACAAAUAUGGCGUUGUCAAAAAUUGUAAAUGUUUCCAUGGCUGUGCUGCCUUCACGGAUACCAGAAAUGCGGUACAUCAGAUAAAACGGCACAUAACUCAAGAACAAAGUAGUAUAUCGUUGGGAAAGAUGGCAGAGUUGGUGAGACAUUUGCGGAAAAAGCCAGUGUUGUAUAUAGGCAACAUAUUGAUGUAAGAUUUGGUAUAACUGAAAGAACACGUAACAUACUGACAUUCCUCUUGUAUGUCAUGAAAUCGAGAGACAACGGUGAGUUCAGGGAUAAAUAGAAAGAAUCACCACAAAAAAACAGCAGUUUAAAGUUUCAUUUUGGUAAUGUUUCUUACCAAAAGCACAUGUGGAUGAGAGUAAAAAUUGUUUUUACCACUUCAGAGUUCCAAAGUACCAUUAAAGGCACCAUUUACGUCCAUUUACGUGAUUUUACCAUUUGGGAUUUUUCUGUCGCAGAGACGCAGGCUGGCUUUUUAACUGCAGAAGAACAAAUCAGUACCAAUUUCAUAGGAGGCAUGGAACACCCAGCUUGUAUUUUGGAGGAAUUGAAGCAGUUUGUCGUAAAUGAUGCCCCACCAACAGUGUAUUACAUCCCAGGUUUUAUAUCGGAGGAUGAGGAGUCCUACCUUCAAGAGCAGGUGUAUAAGUCUCCGAAAACUAAAUGGACUCAGCUGUCAGGCAGAAGGCUUCAGAACUGGGGAGGGUUACCACAUCCCAAAGGCAUGCUGGCAGAAAAGAUACCUGACUGGCUCCAGACGUACUGCGAGAAAAUUUCCUCUCUAGGUGCAUUCAGUGGGAAAACAGCCAAUCAUGUGUUGGUGAACGAGUAUAAACAAGGAGAAGGGAUUAUGCCUCAUGAAGACGGCCCUCUGUACCACCCUACUGUCACCACCAUCAGCCUGGGCUCUCACACACUCCUGGACUUCUACUCGCCCGUCAGCAGCCUGGAGGACGACCCACCGCAGACAGAGGAGAACCGCUUCCUCUUCUCCCUGCUGGUGAAGCCGCGCAGUCUUCUGAUCCUGCAGGACGAAAUGUACCAGCGUCUCCUUCAUGGCAUCCAGCCCUGCGGCCAGGACACGCUGACAGACAAGGUGGUGAACCUGUCUGCCUCCGGGGCCCUGCCAGGAGAGACACUGACCCGAGGCACCAGAGUGUCACUGACCAUACGACAUGUACCCAAAGUGAUGAAGACAAAACUUAUACUGGGGAGGAAAUGAAGAAAGACUGCAUGUUGACCUGAAAGUUGUGGUACUACAUGCUGUGUUUGCCACUGACACCAUCAAGCAUAAUAUCAAUGGGAGUCUCCUCCAGGCUGCUUUAUGAAUUAUAUUUCACAUGUGUCUAUAAUGGAUCACUUCUAGCUUUGUUAAAUAUCUGCCGCCUCAAGUGAUCUCACUGUACCUCUGGAGCUGUAGUAGCUGUUCUGGACAGUAUAAAAGACGACAAUACAUAGAGGGUUGCAACUAGAAAUUGCUUAAAUAAUGGAUUCAUCUUUCAAAUAAUUUAAAAGGAUUAUGGGCUCUAUGUAGCAAAUAUCUAAGGAAUAAAUAACGACAGAAGAAUGGUGUCUUUAAAUUUCUUUGAUCAACAGCCACAAAAAUAUUCAAGUAUUCAAUUUAUUAUCAGAAAGCCAAGCAUAUAUAUGCAAUUCUAAAGCUGUAACCACCAACUGUGUUAUUUUUACACUAUUAAUCAUUUUUUGUUGAUUCAUCAACUUCUUGUUUCAGCACUACAUACAUAAAAUCUAUAUGAAAUCAUUA